UAAGGGCGCUCUAUUUGAGAUUAAGGUGUGUUAGAAUUAUAGUUUUGAUUGUUUAUUACAGAUCAAGUCCGCCGUAUUCACUUUAAUUGAGCUAACGUCAGUUGAAGCAACACCAAGAAUAUCUUUACUUUUCAAAAACUCCAUGAUUGACAGUGAUACUGAUGAAUUUUCACAACAUGUAUCGUGUACAAUUGUACCUUAUGUAGAACAACAACCUGUAGCUGGUAUUGAAGUUUACUUCCUGAGACAAUUGGCUAAUCCUUUUCGUGUUGCCUGGACGCUUAUCAAGUUGGGCUAUGAACCAUUGGCACCAGUUCAGUUCAGUUCGCCUCUUGUUCUAUUUGGUUUAUCAUCUCCAAUUUAUGUCUAUCCGAAUUUCUUUAAGUAUACCUAUCAUUUAAUGAAAACAAUAGGUGUUUGGAAUGUGCUGUCAACAGGAUUGUUUGCAAAUGCUACACAUGAUUUUAUUGUGGAAAUAUUUCGUGCAGCGUUUAGACGAAGAACAAAUAUAUGGAUGCGAACAGAAAAUAAUUUUCACAAUAAAAAACAGAUCGUCAUUCAUACUACUACUAAUCAACAAACCAAUAAAGAAUUUCAGGCUGAAAGACUUUUGGAAGAGUCAAGACUUUCAGUUUUCUUUGAAAGAUUUACUGAGAUAUUAUCACUGAAACUUUGGGAAGUCUUAGUCAGUCAUCCAUUUUAUGUGAUUACUGUUCGACAGAUUGCAGCUUUGAUUGGCAAGGAAACUCAGUAUACAUUUUUUCCUAUGGCUGUUCGAGCUGUUUAUCGUGAAAAUGGUAUUUUAGGAUUUUUCCAGGGUUUUAUACCACGUUUAAUUGGUGAAAUGAUUUUAACAUCAGCUUAUUAUUGUUCUUGUCGUCUGGUCAGAUUAUUAAUAUUUGGAUUAGGUAGAAGAUCUACUGAAAAUAUGAAUAUUUUACGUGUAUUAUUAUACUAUACAUUACAUAAUUAUACUUAUCCAUUUGAAUUAACCGGUUGUGUUAUGGCUGUACAUGGUGCAAAUUUAAUUGGUGCUACUGAAUCGAAUUCUUUUCAUAAUUGGUAUGAAUGUCAACGUUAUCUUAGUCAAAAUCAACAACUAAUUCGUGGUUGGCGUCCAUUUCUACGAAGUCAUGUUCAACAAAUUCAUUUACCAAAAUUAAAAAGCUAAUUUAAUGAAUUUGUUUAUUAUUACAUAAAUAAUCUAUUGUAAAAACAAACAUCUUGUAUAGAUGUUUCAUUGUAUUAUUGUACUUUAUUCUUCUAGUCAAUAUGUUUAAUGUAAUUUUUGUAUAGUUUCCAUAUACAACAUUAGAAAAAUUGAAUAAAACUUGUAGCUGUGAUUAAAAUGAAAUUUUAUGCUCAUCCACCCCUUCACUCUUCCCCACUUCUCCCUCCCGAUUAUUAUUUAUGUUCUUUUAUUUCUGUAAACAAUAAUGGUAGUGGAUCAAGUAGUGAAUCAAGUUAUGUAAUGAUCUAAGUAAUCCAGUCGUCGUCGUCGUCAAGAUUUCAGCAGAAAUUCAACAUUGAAUACCUGAAAGUUGUGUAAAGCGGCAUGAACAAAUGCAGUUAAAGACAGCCAGUGUAGCAGCGGUCUCGGCAUCAGUAGGCCUCAGCAUACACAAGGAGAAAACCAAGGUCCUCAAAUUCGAAACGAAGAACAAAAAUCCAAUCACUCUUGAUGGCGAAACUCUGGAAGAUGUAGAAUCCUUCACAUACCUGGGAAGCAUCAUCGAUGAACAAGGAGGUUCAGAUGCAGACGUAAAGACGAGGAUUUGCAAAGCGAGGGUCGCAUUCCUACAAUUGAAGAACAUAUGGAACUCAAAACAACUGUCUAUCAACCAAUAUCAAAGUCAGAAUCUUCAAUACGAACGUAAAGGAAGUUCUACUGUACGGAGCUGAAACUUGGAGAAGUAAUACAACCAUCAUCAAGAAGGUACAAGUAUUUAUAAAUAGUUGUCUACACAAGAUAUUCAACAUCCAGUGGCCGGAUACCAUCAGCAACAGCCUUCUGUGGGAGAGAACAAACCAGAUUGCAGUUGAAGAGGAAAUUAGGAAAAGACGAUGGAAAUGGAUAGUACAUACAUUACGUAAAUAAUCAAACUGUAUCAUGAGGCAAUCCCUAACUUAGAAUCCUGAAACGAAACGGAAAAGUGGAAGACCAAAGAACACAUUACAUCGGGAAAUAGAAUCAGAUAUGAAAAGGUUGAAUAACAACGGGAAAGAGCUUGGAAAGAUUGUUCAGGACAGGGUUGGAUGGAGAAUUCUAGUGGGCGGCCUAUGCUCUUCGACGAGUGGUAACAGGCGUAAGUAAUUGUUGUGUCCCGAGUUGCAUAAUGAGUGGUGAUUUUUUGGAUCUAUUUACGGACGAAUACUGUGCGUAUAUUUUUACCGUAUUAUUGUUAAUUAACUAAACUAUUCGUAUUCAUAUCUCUCUUAUCAUAAGCUUUAUUUUAACCUACGAACUGUUAUUAUAAGAUUUUCCAUUCUUGAAUUAUUCUCUGUCUAUUAAUCACUACCUCCCACAUUCACAGCCACAUUUGGCCAAAUCAAGUAGAAAUGUUAUUUUCUAUUUUAUGGUACGAUGUGGUCUGUUUGAUUGGCAUAUAAAGAGAGUAUGUUUGAAAUACAUGAUUAAUAUUGCAGAGGCUGAGACUUGUGUUCUGGACUUAACUGGCUGGGCUAGACAGGAAGCAGGGCCAAUCUGGACUUUAGGCUUGUCGCACAUGUUUACGCGUCCUUGGUCCGAUCGUUAAGUCACUGCUCUCUAAUCGGCGGUCACAAGAUAUAACAGUAAUAAUAAUAGUUUAAAGUUACAAAACACCUACUGAACUCGAAAUCUUGUUUAUUAUUCAGUUCCCUUUUUGCUAAGAUUACUAAUGAUUAAUUGGUCCUGAAGUUGGCCAAGGUAAGGGGAGUGGUUGAAGAUCUCUUCUUUCCUACGUAGCACCGGUUUUUUAAUCCUAAUGACUAUCGCUUCUGCCAUUUGAAGACUUUGUGUUGCACCGACUUUGGUGAAAAUUUACUGAUCCGAUAAAUUAUUGCGAAGGAUUGGUUUAUACCGGCACUGUGACUAGUUUACAAUAGAUAGCCAGUAUUGAGCUGUUCACUCUACGCCUUUAUUUAGUCAUUCUCGGAGAUGCUCGCGAGCACGAAGAUAUAGAUUUCUAGAACUUUUGCCAACAUAACGUGCUUCAUAAGAGCGGUCAAAUUGAUAAAUACAAAACAAAGUGAUCAUUCCAGUUAAUUCAUCUUUGAAUCUCAGGAGAGUAGAAAACACCAGUUUUAGCUUUCUGGUGUUGAAUAUUCUUUGGAUUGUUCUAUGCAAUCUCUGAAUUAAUGUUUCUUUGACUACAUUACCUCUGAGUUUUUAAGCAAAUGAACAGGACUUUCUUAUCUGUCGUUUGUAUUCCACUUAGUUCUAAUCUUUGUGAUCAUAUAUUUGUUUAUAAACUUCCCGGGGUACCUGUUUUCCUUAAGUGUAUUACUCAAUGCGUUUAGCUGUUUUUCAACUAUAUUGAUAAAACAUAUAGUACAUAUUUGAUAGUUAAGAGUUUUUAUCAAACGUCUUUUGUAUCGUAGAGAUACAUAGUUAAGGAAAUAUGCGUCUUCCUAUUCAUUCAUCAACUCUUUUAGUUAAUAGAAUGUCAUCAUUUUCGAAUUGGAAUAAUGACAAUAUACCAUUUAUAUUCUGACAAUAAUGAAUAUCAGUUUAUGAGCAUUGUUAAUUCAAUACAAAAAAGUGUACAUUAUUUGAUAAGUAAUGAUUCCUAAUUUACUUUGAUUGACUAUUUCUCACAAGGAUUUUAACAAUGGGGAAGAUAACAAAAUGCAUAAUCAUAGAUGGUAACAUUUUUGGGUACAGUAUUGUUAUCAGAGCUUAGUAAACUGUUAUGACUGUGAAAAAUAUAUGCUAAUGAUUAAGGGGUAGCGAAUUGUUGAUCGGACCAAAGACGCGCGAACACGUAGAACGGCCUAGGGUUCUGAUUGGUCCCGCUUACCCUGUCUAACCCAGCCAGUUGAGUCCAGAACACAAGUGUCAGCCUCGGAUAUAUGAAUCAUUAUAUUUCAAACAUACUUUGUUUAUAUACCAAUCAAGCAGACGACAACGUACCAUAAAAUAAAAAAUAACAUUGUACAAUAAUGGCCAACAGGAAAAUGACACGUUAAAUAAAUAUUGGCCAAUAAGAUGAUACCAUUUCAUGUCCAAGGAUAGCAUUUGCCUUAACAGGAUAAUUUUUGGGAUAUUUUCCUGAAUAUCCCAACAUAAACACAAAGUGGUUCUUAGUUAGUAGUAUAAGAAGAAUAUAAGUAAACUAUGAAAGUGAUACAUCUACAAAGACAUAAGCGUUUUUAAAGUAAUCGAUGUUGUAUGGGACGUGAAAGUUAGGAACCAAUAUUUUCUUAGUAGAAAGACUGUAAUGUCAUGCUUGUGAAUGAAUUGAAUAAGAAAGACCAAUUUCAAUUCACUGACAGAAUACUUAUAAUGAACUACAACUAGAAGUAAGAUGAUUUAUAAUCUACUUUUCAAAUUUUAAUUGCAGUGUAUAAUUUGUAUGUCGUACAUGUAGGGAAUACAGAAAAUCUAAAUGUAUGUAAGUGUUCAAUGAGUGAAAAGACAGAUGAUACACAGUUAAUUUUGACAACAUUGUCAACAUGUGCAUUGUAAUUAGUUCAUGCCUAAAAAGCUGAUACUCUUGAAUGUGACAAUAUAAUCAGUAAUAAGUUACUUCAAAAUGACCAGCAAUUAGAUAUUUAAUCCAAUUAGUGUGCAGUCAACUUCAUGUAUUGUCUCAUAGACACCAUGUUCUUUUUACCAAUAGCUUAGAUUAGAUAAGACCAUUUACAUUACUUACUAUGUAAAGCAACUGCUUUGAAAUCAACGGAAUUUAUAUAUUUGGUGAAUAUACACAUUGCAGUGUGUGCUACUGAUGUCGACAGAUAUAAGUAGUAUAUAUCAUCAAUCAAAUGUGAAAUGCUUAGUGGUAGUGUGGUGUGUGCUAAUUAUAUUGACACAGGUAGUAGAUGAUGUUAAUCGUGAACAGAAGGUCUGACAGCAGAGGGACAAGAGGACCGAAUAGUAAAGAAUGGAAACAAGAUGCAAUUUGUAUGAAAAUGCUAGAACAAUGAAGUCUGAGUCAUUAUGAGACAAUUGAUGGACAUUCUACAAAUUAAGCAUUUAUUUUAUGAUUGUUAGAUUUUAUUAACAAGUCCUGUAAUUUUGUGUUUAAUACAUUCGAUUGUCCCCAGUGGUGUUCGUGUUCACCACAGUAGAAGGUUAAGAAGAUCACAGAAAACAGAACGAGGACAGAGAAUGAUUGGUGUGGAAACAAAGGGACAGUCAAUUGAUUGACAUCUUAUAAAUGAAGUAUUUACUGUAUGGUUCUCAGAUUCUACUAAAAUGUUCUGUAAUUUUGUAUUCAAAUACAUUUGAUUGUUCCCAAUUGUGUUCUCAUUCACUAUACUAACAAUUCGUCGAAAUAAAGUUACUGAUAUCCAAUGGUGGAUCUAUUUCUGAAGAAGUUCAAAACUUUAUUCUUCUAUUGUAUAUUAACAGUUUCGUUUAAAUCAUAUUUCUUACUACAAGAUCAUCUACAAAGUAUUGAAAAUUGCUUCAGUUUGUUCAUUAAUUUUCUCUACUAACUUCAUUGAUAAAAUUUCAAUAUUCGAUUGACACUAAAGCGUAUUGAUUACAAGGACUAAAUAUAUUUCAGGUAUCUAAGAAAAAGAUUAAGAAUCUAUUCACAGAAAAAUACAAACAUAUAUAUUAUAGACACCCUAGUCCCUUCCAUUUGAGUUGAUUUAUCAUGAUGUCUACCAUGGAUAUGGAAAUCUCGAGCUUCAAAAAACUCAUGGGGGAAAGAGAAACAUUCGUAUAACACACUAUUUUCUUUAGUGCCAGAAAGGGUUUUGUGGUGAUUGUAGUAAUUUCAACAGUUGAGAUGAUGAGUCAAAUGAAGCUAGGCCACCAUGAAAAACCGUCCAUGGUGGUCUAGCUUCAAUUGACUCAUGAUCUCAACUGUUGAAACUAUUUUCUUUGUAAAUUCUCUUUGAUAUUUAUGGUUGGCCAUAUUUUAUUUACAG